GGGAGAGCGGAUAUAGUGAAUGCAGGAUUCGAGGAGACCAGAUAUAGUGAAUGCAGAGUCCGAGGAGACCAGAUAUAGUGAAUGCAGGGUUCAGGGAGACCAGAUAUAGUGAAUGCAGAGUCCGGGGAGAUCAGAUAUAGUGAAUGCAGGGUCCGGGGAGACCAGAUAUAGUGAAUGCAGGUCCGGGGAGACCAGAUAUAGUAAAUGCAGGGUCAUGGGAGACCAGAUAUAGUGAAUGCAGAGUUCGGGGAGACCGGAUAUAGUGAAUGCAGGGUCCGGGGGACCAGAUAUAGUGA